CCAGGCAUACAGAGACACAGGGAGCCCAAGCUGGCAGGGCUGGCUAACUUUACAGGGAUCACCCCUAGACUGCCACUGCUGACUGAUCCUGCAGGGAAGACACCCCCACUGCACUGGAGAAGGUGCCUUACUCAACUGAAGCUGGCUGCCUGAUAAAAUGGAUUCCGACUCAUCAGCCCCUCCCCAGGUUCUUGGGAGAUCCCAGCUGAACGCUGCCACGGGCGCUGAUGGCCGUGAAGAUCCCCAUAAACCUGUCCCCUCUGGCUCACAAUCUUCUCCUGUCUUUUCACCUGUGCCAGAUACCAUUGAUGAAGAAGAGGAUGCCACUUUGCAGGAGUUGUUGGGAAAAGCCAAACCCGGCGAUGCGAAGGCACAGACUGAGUUGGGAAAAUACUAUUUGAAACUUGCUGAGGAAGAAAAUGAAGAGGUUAACAGCUGCGCUGCAGUGGACUGGCUUGUCGAGGCUGCCAAACAAGGUCGAAGAGAAGCCGUGAAACUCCUGCGCAAAUGCCUGGCAGAGCGUGUAGGUAUAACCACUGAAAAUGAAGAUGAAAUUAGAAAACUCUCCUCCGAGACGGACCUGGAAAGGGCUGUGAGAAAGGCAGCAUUGGUCAUGUACUGGAAACUGAACCCAAAAAGGAAGAAGCAGGUACCCGUCUCCGAGAUAUUGGAAAACGUUGGGCAGGUCAAUGCAGAAGAUGCUGUAAAUCAGUCAGGCCCAGUUCCAAAGGCUACACAGAAGCAGCGCCGGAUGUUGGAGCGUUUAGUCAGUUGUGAACCUAAAAGCCACAUUGAGCUGGAUGAUUUCGUUGAAAUCACAAAAAAGUAUGCAAGAGGCAUCGUCCCGACCCACUUAUUUCUACACGACGAUGAUGAUGAUGAGUUUGCUGGAAAAAGUCCGGAAGAAUUACCCCUUCAAAAGAAGAUCAUGAAAUAUCCACUCCACGUCAUCACCGAACUUAAAGAGUACCUUAUUGAUGUUGCAUCUAAGGCCGGAAUGCAUUGGCUGUCAACGAUUGUGCCAACACAUCACAUCAAUGCCCUUAUCUUUUUCUUUAUUAUCAGUAACCUUACCAUAGAUUUUUUUGCCUUUUUUAUUCCUCUAGUCAUUUUCUACUUGUCUUUUAUCUCCAUGGUGAUUUGCACACUCAAGGUAUUCCAAGACAGUAAGGCCUGGGAACACUUUCGCACAUUCACUGACCUUUUACUUCGCUUUGAGCCAAAUUUGGAUGUUGAACAGGCUGAAGUCAACUUUGGUUGGAAUCACUUGGAGCCAUAUUUUUACUUCCUCGUGUCUGUUUUCUUUGUGAUAUUUUCCUUUCCCAUUUCAGACAGGCACUGGAUUCCUUGCUCAGAGCUAGCCACCAUUUCUGUUUUCUUUACGAUCACCAGCUACCUAAGCUUAAGUACAUGCGCAGAACCAUAUACCCGGAGAGCACUGAUGACUGAAGUGGCUGCUGGAUUGCUCUCUCUUGUGGAUAUCAUGCCUGAAUCUUUGUCCUAUAUUCAGCUACUUGGAAAAACUUUUUUCACUGUGCCCAUAGGUCACUUUAUUAUAUUUCGCCUAAGCCUCCCAUGUAUCCUAUUCAUAUACUUAUUCUAUCUCUUCUUUAGGAUGGCACGGUUACGGAAUUUCAAAGGUGUCUAUUGUUACCUGGUGCCAUAUUUAGUGUGUUUCAUGUGGUGUGAACUGUCUGUUGUAAUCCUUCGGCAAUCUACAGCCAUAGGCCUUAUACGUGCAUCUAUAGGAUAUUUCCUUUUCCUUUUUGCUCUCCCUAUACUCUUUGUGGGCAUUGCUGUGAUGUGUGUUGUCCAUUUCAUAAGGUGGUUUAUAGCGUUAGAAAUUACCAAGAUCAUGGUUACUGUGGUUUUGUGCACCAUCCCUCUGCUUAUUCGCUGGUGGUCGAAAGCCAACUAUUCCUUGCUUGGAAUGGUUAAAUCGCUCACUAGGAGCUCUAUCGUAAAGCUAAUAUUGGUAUGGAUCACUGCCAUUGUAAUGUUUUGUUGGAUUUAUGUUUAUCGCUCUGAAGGAAUGAAAGUUUACAACUCCACCUUAACAUGGCAGCAGUAUGGAUUUGUAUGUGGACCCAGGGCUUGGAAGGAGACCAACAUGGCACGAACCCAGAUUUUGUGCAGCCAUUUGGAAGGUCAUCGGGUAACCUGGACGGGCAGGUUCAAGUAUGUUCGUGUUACUGAAAUUGACAAUAGCGCGGAGUCUGCUGUAAACAUGCUCCCUCUCUUCAUUGGUGAUUGGAUGCGAUGCCUAUAUGGCGAAGUAUAUCCAGCCUGUGAACCACAAGAUGUUACAAUAGAAGAAGAGGAACUCUGUCGCCUCAAAUUUCUCUCUAAACACAGCUGCCACAUGAAAAAAUUUGAUCGGUACAAAUUUGAGAUAAGUGUGGGUAUGCCUCUUAACGGCAAAAAUGGUAACAAGAGUGAAGAAGAUGACAUUACAAAAGAUAUAGUUCUAAAAGCAAGUAAUGAGUUCAAAACGGUGUUACUGAACCUGAGACAAGGCAGCAUGAUCGAAUUUAGUACCAUUCUGGAAGGUCGACUUGGCAGUAAGUGGCCAGUGUUUGAGCUGAAAGCCAUCAGUUGCCUAAAUUGCAUGGCCAAGCUCACUCCUGCAUCAAGACAUGUGAAAAUUGAACACGACUGGCGGCGUAACGUGCAUACAGCCAUUAAGUUUGCGUUUAAUUUUUUCUUUUCCCCGUUCCUUUCCGCUGUAUAGAACUGUGGAACUGAUACAGCUAUAGGGUCACUGCUUAAACCAAAGUGACAUUUAUAAUUCGUAGCUUUAACAGUUUACUCCAUGUUGCACUUCGUUGACUGUACUGUUGUAUAUUUUCUUUAAGG